AAUGAAUAUACUUUCAAUCAACUCUAACUUGCCUUACAGAAAAUUCUAUCCCGUAAAGUGACAUGCUAAGAAAUACCUAAGCAAUUAUCAUCAUGGCUUUAAAACUUAACCCUACUCCUCUACCCUCAUUACAAGUUUCUCGUUACUAUAUCCCAGCGCACAAUCUCAUACCCAACACUAGCAUCCAAAACAAACAAUUGUUACAUUACCAUGAAGUUUUCCCUCCUUCGACCUUGACCGCAUCUGCCAUAGAAUCGCAUCUUACAGAAGUUGGUGUCGUGGAACCUCAGUGGCGCUAUACGAUGUAUAGCACAACUCACUUCCACUCGACCACUCACGAGGUGCUAUGUAUCAGCCAAGGUAAGGCCAAACUCUGCUUUGGCGGUGAGGACAAUCCGGGAAAGGUGGAGAAGGAAGUUGUGCGAGGCGACGUGUUGAUUUUACCUGCUGGCGUCGGUCAUCGACUCCUCCAAGAUUUCACGGGCCGUUUCGAGAUGGUAGGUUCAUACCCUAAGGGCUAUAAUUGGGAUAUGUGCUACGGAAAAACAGAUGAAGAAGCGAAAGUAAAGAACAUUGGAACGUUGCCGUGGUUUGAGAGAGACCCAUCUAUGGUGACACAGGCCCCGUGCUCGAAAUUUAACGAUCGAGGUACUAUGCGAUAUAUGACAGCGGAAGUACAAUUCGUCUUUGUCUUGGAAGUUUGAGGCCUUCCCUGGACGCGGAUGCCGGAAUGAGCGGUCUGCAACUCCGAGCCCCUUUGUCCACGGAAGGUACUGAAAUUUUCGUCAAUUUUAUAUUGGUCGCGGAUCGAGGUUUAAGAUCGCGGGUGAUCGCCUCGUUCGGAGAUGCAUGCUGUGCCUGCUUCCUGCAAGAUUCAGCUAGUGCAACUACGAGAUC